CAGUUGUGAGAGCCAUCCCACCAUGUCUCAGUGAUGCCGAUGACAUCAUAGCCUCAUAGAAACAUAAACCCCUGUAAUGCUUCUUGGGAUGUGAUGCUGGAGACUUAUGAGUGCAUAGCUUCGCUGGCAUCUAAACCUGUGGUGAUCCCCCUGCUCGAAGGAGGGGAAGAUCCCUGGAUCCCAGAUGUACACAGCCUGAAGGACAUGGCAGGAGACAUCUGCUCGGCAGGUGAUGGGAUCACAAAUUCAAAGGAGAAUCUGCAGGAGAGCGGUGUAUCCAGAAGUCAGUGGGGUGGCAUCUCUCUUGGGAAAACCAGAAGGGAAUUCCAAGGAGGCCUGGAGCAAGGAAAGAACAUGAAGAAGCCUCUGGGAAACCAUCCAGGAAAGAGAGUGAGAGAAACCCUGGACUGCGGAAAAGGUCAAAAGCAGGCAAAAGAGCUGAGCACCAAGGAAGUCUGUCAGAAGAAUAGGCAGAACCCAUGCAAUGAGUGUGGGAAGAGCUUUAAGGAUCAUUCCUACCUUGCUAUCCCUCAGCAGAUCCACACAGGAGACAAACCCUUCAAGUGUCCCAGGUGUGAGAAGAGCUUCAAAAAGAGUUAUCACCUCCAUGCCCAUGAGCGCAUCCACUCAGAAGACAGACCCUACAAGUGUCCUGAAUGUGAGAAGGACUUCAGAAGCAGUUCUCACCUCAUAGUCCACCAGCGCAUCCACACCAGAGAGAGACCCUACAAAUACUCUGAGUGUGGGAAAGAUUUUAAAAGCAGUUCACACUUCGUGAUCCACAAACAUGUUCACACAGGAGAAAGACCCUACCUUUGUCCUGUGUGUGGGAAGGGCUACAAAACCAGUUCCCACCUGCUGCCUUUUGGGAGCUGUGAGCCCUGAAGCCCCAGGAACAUCUGCAGAGAGUCUGGUGGGUGGCAGAGAAAGUGAAUCCUUGGGCUGUGCCCCUGAGCUGAGCUGAGACAGGUUCCAGGGAAGCAGGGAGCUGCUGGAAAGGGGGCAGUGCUUCAGAGAGACAGCUGUACCCAGGAGCAGAUCCUCAGCACCACACAGCAGGGCUGGGGGCAUGACCUGCAGGUGUUAUUGGGAGAGAAGGAAGAGAGAUGUUACAGGUUGUGUGAAGUGUUAGAAUGCAUAGAUCUGUCUGUGUGAAGAAUGUUCAUUAACAGGAUGAGUCUUCAGUGGCAGAAGGUGAGUAUCUCUAAAGGUGGAUGAUCCCAUUAUCCACUUCUGACUCCCCAUUAUUUGCUUUCAAUUUUUGCUGCUUUUGCUCUCUGUGAAUAAAUAUAUAGGCUUUUAUUGCUAAGGAAAGGCAAAGACUCCUGAAGCAUCACAGUAAGGUUUACAAGAAUCCAUGGCAAGUUCCUUUACUGUUGCUCAGCCUAUGGAGAGCUGUCACCCUGUGUCCAGUACCACCAGGGUCGGUGGACAGGACCUGGCCUUUAGUACUUGCACACACUGCUGUCCCUGGGCAGUGUCCUGCUGCCAGGAGGGGUCUGCAGGGCAGAGCAGAGCACACAGUGACUGGGAUCAAUUACAGGGAGAGGACUUGUGGACGGAGAAACAGCUGCAGGCAAGGGCAGAUGCAGGCAGCAGAGAUGGUUCUUGCUGUGCAGCAAACAGUGCUAAAAUUGCUAUUUGCUACAUCUUAAUAAUGGGGAAAAAGCAUAAGUGAGCUCUCAACCCGAUACCAUCCAUGCUGUGAUUGCUGGGCAAGGCAUUGGACUUCAUCAAACAUGGAGUCUCCUGGCUGCAUGUUAUGGUGAGCAAAAAUCAAAAAGCAGAGGGCAUACUGCCUCACUGAAGUGCUAUUGCUCUGCUGCAGCUUCGGACUCGUGGGGUUUGAACAGAAGGAACCUGCUCAGCAGCCUGCGUCCUCACAACUAACACAGAAUGCCACUGUCAGAGCAGCACCUCAGCCAGGCAGAGGAGUGUCACCAAGCCACCCAAGUGCUGGGAAAAGUCAAAGAUCAUGUGCCGAAGGCGAGGCCUGAUGUGCCUUCCCUUUCCACUUGCAUGUGUCUUGGUUUAUUUUUAUUUAUCUAUUUAUGUUUCCCCAUGUUGAGAGGUGCAGCUUCACUGUGCCCUGUUGCUGGGAAAAAAUAAAAAUUAAAAAAAAAAAAAAAAAGAGAAAAAGAUCUUCAAAACAACCUAUGCCACAGCAGGCAGGGCAGCCAAUCCAUGGCUGUCAUACAGAGCAUCCAGGAAAUACCCUUUGCCUGGACAUAAAUCAUAUUCAAUUUCACAUCAUGGAUGUGACUGCAAUUGAGCCAUUUACCAGAACAUCCUCUUUAGAUCUUAUGUUUUCCUUCUCUGCUUCUCUCCUCUCCCUUGGGCACAGUGCUUUGUGCCAUAACUGGACUGAUUCCCUUAGUAGCAAAUCCUGGAUGUGUUUUUGGGAUUUCUGCUUCUGAGUGGCACUGUUCCAUUGAGAAAACAUGCUUUGGUACCCAAGA